UGAUGUCAGAUACAGAAGAGCAUGGCUGAUAAAGAGGAGCUAGGGAUCAGGCUGAAGAAGCUGCUGGUGAGGUUGAACCUUCAAGAGGGGAAGCAGUUGGGCACCAUGGUCCAGAUCAUACAGGACCUCCUGUUCCUGUCCCACACGGAUCACUGUGUUGAGCUGUUUUCCGAUCAGGACGUCCACAUGCCUCUGAUGCUGGUGCUGUCCUCGCAUUUCAACAGCAAAGUGCAGCAGGUAGGCUGGUCUCUGCUGUGCCGUCUGAUGGAGAUCUGUCCCAACACUCUGGAUAGUCUGGCCAACCCAGAUGAAUAUGAGUUUACUGAGGUGCACAAGCAGAUUCUUAAGGUGCUUUCAAUGUAUCGUAAUGACUCCAGGAUGAUGAUGGUGGGCUUGAGAGCUCUGGCUCUCCUACUGAAGUCAGAUGAGAUUGUGAUGCAGGUUCUAGAUGAGGAGGAAGUGGAUGUGUUUUCCGUGGUUCUGGAGGCCAUGGGGUCAUUUAAUGACAAAGAAGAGGUUCAGCUACAGGGAUGUGCUGCUUUACAACUACUGCUGCAAACAGUUUCUGAUGCUCAUCUGGUGGAGUUCAUUGAGAACAAGGACCACGAGGUGGUUUUGGAUGUGCUCAGGCGGUUCAUGGACAGUGAGAAUGUGGUACUGCAAGCUCUGAGGGUCCUCAUACCACUGGCUGCUCCAGCCAGCAAUAUUGAGAUUCUGAUGUCCAAACCCAUUAAAUGCUACAGUCUGCUGUGUCAGGCCAUGGACAUGUGGCUCGACUCGGAGGCUAUACAGGAGACUGGAUGCCGUUUGUUACUGAAAUUCACAUCAGAGAGCUACUAUAACAUACUGGUGCUGAAUGGUGUCCACAAGGUGGCGGUGAAAGCAUGUGUCUCUUAUCCUGAGAAUGCCACAGUGCAGACCACUGCCCUUUCCUGCCUGAGCGCGCUCGCGGAGUGUAUUGUACAGAAUGAAGGGCUGGACAAAGAGUGGAACGAGGAGGACGAGGCGAAACAGAAAGAAGCCACUCGAGGAGAGGAGAUGCUUAUCUGGAGAGAGGCCUGUUAUACUGCUUUAGAGAGACAUGCUGACGAUGCUGCAGUGCAGGAAGCUGCAUGUUGGGCUUUAAACAGCUUGCUGCUACAUUACCACUCAUUCAACCGUGUGGAACUGGAAGGAAGGCCUCCUCUUCAUUCUGUCAUCAUGGCUGCCAUGCUUUUGCAUUCAUCCAGUGUGGAGGUUUUCCAAGCUGCUUCCUGUACACUACGCACACUAAUACAGCACCACAGCAGGAUGAGGGCUCUGCUGCUGUCACAUGGCAUUCAUGUCAACCUUGUGCAUCUGAUGCGGAAACACGAGAGCUCCAGCGCUGUGUGUGAAAGUGCCUGCAAACUGCUUCACACACUCUUCCAGGGAGCGAGGGCCAGUCUAGAUGACGCGACCCUGAUUCUCGGUCAGAUCCCGACUGCUCUGAAAACACAUAACUUCGUUCCUGAAGUUCAGCUGGAGGGUCUCAGAGCGAGUUUAGUUCUUCUCAGCCCAGACAGGAGUUUAAGAGAACAUGGCACCUCAGUGGCGGAUCCUGAGAUGGUGGACGUGUCCCUGCGGGUGCUGAAGAACCAGUGUGUACUUGAGGGAGCUCACACUGUCUAUCUAGAGGCACUUAAUAGGUUUAUCAGUAGUGAGGAGAUUCAAGAGUGUGGACUUGGUGUACUCUCAGCACUAGCUGACAGUUCUGGAGCGGUUGACCUCAUGUGCCAGCAGGGAGCGAUAGAUACGGUUCUUCAUACGCUGCAGAUGUUUCCACGUGAGCGUGAUGUUCACUACUGGGGUCUUAGUCUUCUGUUUCACCUCAUCUCUAAGAAGAAGCUCUCUCGUAUGAUGGUGCCUGUACUGGCAUCAGUUUUGGUCAGCUCAGUACGUCAACACAAUGAGGACACAGUCAUGCUUCUAAAGGGUUUCCAGGUGGUGUGGAAGUUAUUGGACACCUGCUCUAGUGCCGCAGCAUGGCUGCAAAAAGAAGACUUCGAGAAAGACAUCUUCCAGAUCCUCCGGGAAAAUAUGGCAGACCAGCGCAGAGAUCCAUUGCAGGCAGUGAGUUGCCUGUGCCUGUCUAAGAUGGUGGUGGACAGUGAGAUCAUGUAUGCCCUGUUGGAGAGAGCGUGUGAGGACGGUGACGUGGACAUGGCAGAGUGUCUCAUCCUGCUGGGCGCUGACAUCAACAAGAAAUCAAAGAGCGAUUCGCUCAUAUAUCAGGUUUGUGAUCGGGGGGCUCCUCUGGUUUUGCUGGAGCUGCUGGUUUCUGCAGGUGUUCAUGAGCAGCAGUUACGUGGAGCUCUGAGCGUGUGUGUCAGGAGGGGCGAUGACCCUGCGGUCACCCUCCUCCUCACCCGUCUGGGGCUGGACCACACCAACAAUGCCCUGUGCCUCGGGAGCUUCCGCCUCGGAAAAAUGAAGGCGAUGUGGCUCAGCGCACUGCUCUCGGAGCGCAAAACCCAGACUCCAAUAAACAAGAAGAACAGUGAGUCUAUCCAGGGUCAGCCGGUAAUGGGGCAGCUGAUUCCAGAGUGUUAUGUGGAGUUGGAGAGGAGAGUUUUACAGGAGAGGUCACAUGUACCCACUGAUUUCCCAGUGCUCAGACACAGCAGACUACUGGAGAUCAUACAGGAAACACAGCUGCAGCUAGAGGAGGGAGAGUUACCCCACGCUAUCCACUUCCUCAGCGAGGCUGGUGUCCUGUUUCACUUUGAUGAUCCAGUGCUUCAGCUAAAGGAUUUGUAUUUCAUUGACCCACAAUGGCUUUGUAACCUCAUCUCACAGACGUUGACUCUGAGGAGCACUGGUCAGUGGGACACCACUAGAGGAGUGGUGCAGCGAACCACUGUCGAAAAGUUUCUGAACAAAAGUCGCUGUUUCCCCAAGGAUCAUCUGACUCAGUACUUCAAACUAUUGGAAAAGUUUCAAAUAGCCCUGCCCUUCGGAGAUGACCAGUUACUUAUACCUAGCAGCCUGUCAGAUCAAAGGCCGGUGAUUGAGCUUCCUCACUGUGAGAAUUCAGAGGUGAUUGUUCGGCUUUAUGAGAUGCCGUACUUCCCCAUGGGCUACUGGUCCAGACAGAUCAGCCGUCUGUUGGAAGUGUCUGCUUUCCUGCUCUAUGGCAAAGAGAAAGCAUUGAGACCAAACCGGAUCUACUGGAGGAAGGGCAUCUAUCUGAGCUGGUCUGCUGAAGCUUACUGUCUGGUGGAGGCCUUGUCUCUAGAAGAGAACCCUGCUAGCUUCAUCAAGGUCACCGUCCCCUGCUCUCGCAAAGGUUGUGUGUUGUUUGGGCAGGUGGUGGAUCACAUUGACUCUCUGCUGGAGGAAUGGUUUCCAGGCCUCCUCACCACUGAUGUCCGUGGCACUGGAGAGACACUGCUUAAGAAAUGGGCUCUUUACAGCUUCAGUGAUGGACAAAACUGCCAGAAGAUGCUGCUGGAAGAUCUACUCUCCAGCAUCAAUGCAGAUGGUUUGCUGGUGAACCCAGAGGACCCCAGCUGUACUCUGCCCAUCUCUCAGAUCUCUCCAGACCUGGUAUUGAGUGACCAGCCAUCCAGCACCAUACUGGAUCCAGAGCAGCUGGAGAUGGAGCUCUCUAUGGAGUAUAGGUUGGGAGAUGGAGGCUUCGGCUCUGUAUAUAAAGCCGUGUACAAGAAUGAAGAAGUCGCUGUGAAGAUUUUCAAUAAACAUGCAUCUACACUUUAUGUUCAUCGGCUGGUACGGCAGGAAUUGGCGGUACUUGGCAGACUGUGUCACCCCAGUCUGGUGGGGCUUUUGGCUGCCAGUUGUAACCCAAACAUUCUUGUGAUGGAACUCGCCCCAUAUGGCUCUCUGGACUCGCUUUUUGAGCGUGAAAAUAGCAGUCUCAGACGCAAGCUACAGCACAGGAUAGCACUUCAUGUGGCAGAUGGUCUCAGAUAUUUGCACUCAUCGAUGAUUAUCUACCGAGAUCUGAAGCCACACAACGUUCUGUUGUUUAACCUGAAAACGGAUGCUGAGGUCAUUGCUAAAAUCACAGACUAUGGCAUAGCGCAGUACUGCUGCAGUAUGGGCGUCCGCAGCUCAGAAGGAACACCGGGUUUUAGAGCACCGGAGGUCGCCCGAGGUAAUGUCAUCUAUAACGUCCAGGCAGAUGUAUAUUCAUUUGGUCUGCUGCUGUAUGACCUAAUGACCUACGGCGAGCGGAUAUCGGAUGGAAUGAAGUUUCCCAGUGAGUUUGAUGAGGUGGCUGUGCAGGGAAAACUACCAGAUCCAGUUAAAUAUUACGGCUGUUCUCCAUGGCCAGGGUUUGAGUCCUUGAUGAAGGACUGUUUGAGAGAAAACCCACAGGACAGGCCUACAUCUGCGCAGGUGUUUGAUCGUCUGAAUUCUGUAGAGAUGCUUUGUCUAAUGCAAGAGCUGACUUUGAUGAGUUUGCCGGGGGAGUGUUUCACUGUCUCUAGUGCCAGCGGAGGUGCAAACGGAGGUGACAAUACCCGUGUGUGGAUUGGAGGUGGCAGUUGCAGCCAGAAAUUGGGCUGUGUGACAUCACUGGAUCUGGAGACGGGGGGAAGCUUGAGCCAGGAGAUUGCCAGCAGUCCUAUCCUCUGCAUGGUGAUCAUCAGAGCUCCAGGGUCAUGCAGUGACUGGUUAGUUGCUGGUACACAGUCAGGUUCACUCUUCAUCAUGGAUACUGUAAACGCAGAGGUUCUGCACUGUCUGAAGAGUGUGAAGGAUUCUGUGACAUCGCUGUACUUUCACAUUCACAGACACUUUAAGAAUUACCUUUUGGUCGGGACAGCAGAUGGAUCACUAGUCAUUUAUGAAGAUUCAGUCUUGAAGGUGAAGAAUGGUGGUCCAGUGAAAACAUUGCAGGUUGGUGAUGUGAACACUCCUCUGAUGUGUCUUGGUCCAUUCAGUCAUACUCAAGAGUGCAAAGAGCUGUGGGCUGCCUGUGGCAGCAGGGUGUUCUCACUCACAGUGGAAUACGACAUCUGUAGAAGCAUAGACACCAAACCCAAACUGCUGUACCCAUUCCGUUUUUAUUGUGGAAAACAGCUUAAACUUACUUUUUCUGCUAAAGACCGAAAGAAUGUUAUUAUAGUACUGGGUAGACGGCAACGCGUGUCACAAGACCAAAUCAAAACACAAGCGGAGGACUCGGUGCUGAGCGUGUGGAACAGUUCACUUCCUCUGGAGGUCAGAGAUCUGAUCAGACACUGUGAGCUGCGGGACAAGAUCACCGGCAAACUGAGAGAAACGCUCCACAACUGAUCGUCCACUCGGUCUGCGCAUCGUUUCCUGAGAGAGCUGAGAAACACGUAACAUUACUGUUUGCAACAUUUGAAGGCACGUAACUAAAAGUUCCAUUGUCUACUGUCAGUAGUGCAGAAUGAAGCACAGAGCUCAUGUUCAGACGAAGCAGAUGUCUGUUGGUCAACACGGUCAGUUUGCACAAAUUCCGGGUUUCAGUCGAAGCGACUGGAUUUCGCCGGUGAAGGAGCAACAGUUAAUGCCACCGAACCUUUACUGUUUUGAAAAGGGACCCAUGUGAAAAUGCAGUCUGUUUUAUAUAGUCAAGGGAAACAUUUCGUAUGUUUGGAUUAUACAGAAAACCAAAAUGAAAAUGGCAAACACUUGAGUUAGCUUUAUUAUUUUAUAGUAUGUAUUCAUGAUAUGAAGCCAUAAGAGCAGAGCAGAAAGCCAUCAUUUAUCAAAAAUCUCUCCAAUACCUCUUAUGCAAAUGUAUCAUGUUUAGUUUCCGCUACGAUACAAUAGUCGCUACUGUUGUUAGCAUCACGGGAGCACAGUGAAUGAGCCGCUAGAGGUAACUAGCACCACACUUCUCUCUUAGCGGUAGCAUGCUAAGCUAAGUUAGCCUGUCCUGCUACAACAGAAAGAGACUGUGUCUGUCAUAAAAAAACCAAGAUUAUGAAAUCUUGCACUUUUGAAGGAAAUCCCACAUUAAUGCUAGUAAUGCAAAAUAUGUCAAAUUCCAGAAUUGGUUUUGAGGUCUAUUUAUGAAGUCUCUGUGUUCAUUGUUUGGAAAUGAAAUUAUAUGAGGAGUAAUCCAUUGCUAAAUUUUGAGCAAUAAGCUAAUAAAUGACACUACACACAUUCUCUGACCUUUUGUGAAUUACAAUCACAUUAUAUUUAAUGAUCACAAUAAGCCAGUGAUUAAAGACUUUUACAAAAUAUAACUGGAGAACAAGCCAUAGAUAACGAUGCUAUGAUCAUAUUUUUGUUUCAAAUAUGACCUUUUACUGUUGUUAUUUUUUUGUGGGAGUUGUGGGAAUGCAAAUAUCAUUGAUGAUUUAUAUUUGUAUG